AUGAGUCCAAAUGUUCCUCUGCUGAAUGAUUACAAACAGGACUUCUUUCUGAAGCGCUUUCCACAGACUGUGCUUGGAGGCCCUCGACUCAAAUUAGGCUUUUGUGCUCCUCCUUACAUAUAUGUUAAUCAGAUUAUCCUUUUUCUAAUGCCAUGGCUUUGGGGUGGAAUAGGAACACUUUUGUACCAGUUAGGCAUCCUGGAAGACUAUCACACCGCUGCGCUUUCAGGUGGACUAAUGCUUUUCACUGCAUUGGUCAUCCAGUUCACAAGUUUAUAUGCCAGAAACAAAUUCGUGGUAGUAGAAAGAAUGCUAACUACAGACAUUUUAGCAGAGGAAGAUGAGCAUGAAUUUACAAGUUGUGCUAGUGCUGAAACUAUCAAAUUUCUGAUUCCUGGCAAGAAGUACAUAGCCAAUACAGUUUUUCAUUCUGUUCUUGCUGGGGUAGUGUGUGGUCUUGGAACAUGGUAUCUGCUCCCCAACAGAAUAACCUUGCUGUAUGGCAGUAUGGGAGGCACUGCUGUCCUGUUUGUCUUUGGCUGGUUGACAUUAUGUAUAGGAGAAUAUUCAUUAAUUGUUAACACAGCUACGGAGACUGCAACUUUCCAAACCCAGGAUAUUUAUGAAAUCACUCCUCUUAUGAGACCUCUUUAUAUUUUCUUCUUUGUUUCUGUGGAUCUUGCACACAGGUUUAUGUUAAAUAUGCCAGCUCUAGAACAAAUGAAUCAGAUUUUACACAUCUUAUUUAUAUUCUUACCUUUUCUCUGGGCACUGGGGACUCUGCCUCCGCCUGAUGCACUUCUCUUUUGGGCAAUGGAGCAGGUUUUAGAGUUUGGCCUUGGAGGCUCACCCAUGUCAAGCCACCAACGGUUAUUAGCAAUGUUCAUCAUCUCUGCUGGAGCAGCUGUAACGUCGUAUUUCAUUCCCAGCACUCUUGGUGUGGUUCUUUUCAUGACUGGACUUGGGUUUUUACUGAGUCUUAACUUAAGUGAGAUGGGUUUUGUCUUCAAACAAAGUGUGAUCAGACACAAAGUUAGAACCAAAUCUGAGGCUUUACCCACUGGUCAAGAAACACAGUUCACGUGGAAGGAAUGUGUUUUCUACUUCACUGUGUUAGUCUUAGCUCUCUUAGAAACUAGUUUGCUACAUCACUUUGCUGAUUUCUCACAGAUUUCCAAAAGGAAUCCUCAGGCUAUUGUUGGCUAUAUUUUGAUGAUACUAGUUAUAAUAUUGUGGAUACUUAGAGAAAUUCAAAGUGUCUAUAUCUUUGGGAUUUUCCGAAACCCUUUCUAUCCAAGGGAUGUGCAAACUGUGACUGUAUUCUUAGAGAAGCAAACAAGGCUCAUGAAGAUUGGUGUUGUCAGAAGAAUUUUGCUGACUCUAGUGUCACCUUUUGCUAUGAUAGCAUUUCUUUCAUUGGACAGUUCCUUGCAAAGGCUCCACUCUGUGGCUGUUUCCAUCGGAUUCACAAGAGCUUUUAGAAUGGUAUGGCAGAAUACAGAAAAUGCUUUAUUAGAGACAGUGACAGUAUCAGUGAUUCACUCACUAAUCUUCAGUAAAGACUUAUGGUGGAACAAAAGCCUGAAUACAGGAAUUAGACUCUUACUGGUUGGUAUUGUGCGUGAUCGUCUGAUUCAGUUCAUCUCUAAAUUACAGUUUGCUGUGACUGUACUUUUGGCAUCAUGGAUGGAGGAAAAACAACGUCGAAAAUCAACUGCCACUUUAUGUAUACUCAACAUUGUCUUCUCUCCGUUCGUGUUGCUCUUCAUAGUUUUUUCUACAGUACUUUCUUCUCCUUUACUUCCUCUCUUUACCCUUCCUGUGUUCUUGGUGGGGUUUCCCCGGCCUAUUCGGAGUUGGCCAGGAGCAGUGGGCACUGCAGCCUGUAUGUGUGCAGAUACAGUGUACUACUGUCAGAUGGUCCCAAGUUUGGCUGCUGCACUACAGUCUGCAAUGGCAGGCGGAAGUUUAGGUCUCCUCUUACCUGGCUCUCAUUACUUGGGCCGUUUUCAGGAUCGUUUAAUAUGGAUAAUGAUUCUAGAACGAGGCUACACUUACUGCUGUAUUAACAUUAAGGGGUUAGAAUUGCAAGAGACAUCCUGUCACACUGCUGAAGCUCGAAGAGUUGAUGAAGUUUUUGAAGGUGCAUUUGAACAAGAAGAAUAUGCAAGAAUAUGUUCCCCGAAUGAACACUUUGGAAACAUCUUGACACCCUAUACAGUUUUACCUGUGAAAGUAUAUUCUGAUGCCAGGAAUGUCCUCUCUGGCAUAAUUGAUUCUCAUGAAAACUUAAAGGAAUUUAAAGAAGACCUUGUUAAAGUCCUUGUGUGGACACUUGUUCAGUACUGCUCCAGAAGGCCCAGCGUGCAGGAGAAUGCUCACGAAACUGGAAACACAGGGGAGGUGCCUCUGCCUGUCCCAUCCGCUUUGAAUCCUUCACCACAACCCCAGUGCCCAGAAGACAUUGAUAGUUUAAAUUCAGAAACUUUAGAUGAGUGGUCUGACGAUAAUAUUUUUGAUGAUGAGCCAACCAUCAAAAGGAAAAAAGAAGAAAAAGAUCAGUUGAAAGUUUUGCCAGAUACAAAUUUGCCUCUUCCAGGAUCAGUAGAAUCAUGGGAGGUUAAUGAUAAUUCUACAGGCAAAGUUCCUGAUAACAGUCUUUAUAAAGCAGUUAUAUUGGGAUAUCCUACUACUGACAAAGGAAAACAAGAAGACAUGGCAUAUAUCCCUCUCAUGGAGUUUAGUUGUUCACAUUCUCACUUGUUAAGCUUACCUGAAGAGUGGAGGGCUAACUGUUUGCCUACCUCCAAAAUGAAGGAGAUGAGCUCAUUAUUUCCAGAAGACUGGUACCACUUUGUUUUAAAGCAGUUGGAAUGUUUUCAUUCAGAAGAAAAGGCCUCAAAUGUGCAAGAAGAAAUUGCAAAGGACAAAGUUUUAAGAGACUUUUAUAUUCAUGUAGUAAUGACUUGUUACUUUAGUUUGUUUGGAAUAGACAGUAUGACUCCUAGUCCUGGUCACAUACUGAGAGUUUAUAAUGGUGUUUUACCUUGGUCUGUUGCAUUGGAUUGGCUCAUGGAAAAACCAGAACUAUUCCAGCUAGCACUGAAAGCAUUCAGGUAUACUUUGAAACUAAUGAUUGAUAAAGCAAGUUUAGGCCCAGUAGAAAAUUUUAAAGAGCUAACUAACUGCCUUGAAGAAUAUGAAAGUGACUGGUACAUUGGUUUGGUAUCUGAAGAAAAGUGGAAGGAAGCAGUUUUACAAGAAAAGCCAUACUUGUUUUCUCUGGGGUACGAUCCUAAUAUGGGAGUUUACACUGGGAGAGUACUUACCCUUCAAGAAUUACUGAUCCAAGUUGGAAAAUUGAAUGCUGAAGCUGUUAGAGGGCAGUGGGCCAAUCUUUCAUGGGAAUUGCUGUAUGCCACCAAUGACGAUGAGGAACGUUACAGUAUACAAGCUCAUCCACUUCUUUUAAGAAACCUUACAGUACAAGCAGCUGACCCUCCCCUGGGAUAUCCAAUUUAUUCUUCAAAACCUCUCCAUAUACAUUUGUAUUAG